AUGUCACUUCACCGUAUUCGCCCAUUGUCACAACUCGCUUCAUUCUAUCUACGUCCUCAAUGCCGAUCAACACAUUCAAAGGCGUAUGUGACAACACCUAUUUAUUAUGUCAACGCUGUUCCCCAUAUUGGUCAUUUGUAUUCUAGUGUGCUUGCUGACACGUUAACACGAUACUAUGCCCUGAAAGGUGCUGAUGCUUUCCUCUGCACAGGCACGGAUGAGCACGGUCUUAAGAUCCAACAAGCAGCGGCAAAGAACAAUGUGUCCCCUGUCGAAUUGUGCAACAAGGUUUCCGAAAGCUUCAAGGCUCUUUGCAAUGCUGCCAACGUGAAUUAUACAGCAUUUAUGCGUACCACGGAUGAGAAUCACAAAAAGGCGGUCGCAACUUUAUGGGGUGAAUUGGAAAAAAAUGGAUACAUCUACAAGGGCAAACACGAGGGAUGGUACGCAGUAUCAGAUGAAGCCUUUUAUGCAAGCAAUCAGGUGCAAGAAGUAGUGGAUGAAAAGACGGGCGAGAAAUACAUGGUGGCUAUUGAGUCUGGCCAACGUGUAGAGUGGACAAAUGAAGAAAACUACAAGUUCAAACUUUCGGCAUUUCAAGACAAGCUGUUGGAAUGGAUCGAUAGCAACCCCACAGCCAUUGUGCCAUCCAAUCGACGUAACGAGGUUGUAUCAUGGAUCCAAGGUGGACUUGCCGAUUUAUCAGUGUCACGUUUACGUUCUCGACUUGAUUGGGGUAUUCCUGUGUCCAGCGAUCAAGAUCAUACCAUUUACGUGUGGCUCGAUGCGUUGACAAACUACCUUACAGCAGCUGGCUAUCCUUGGAAGGAUCCUUCGAAUAACAAGAUUUGGCCUGCUGAUAUUCAUGUUGUCGGCAAGGAUAUUGUGCGAUUUCAUGCAAUCUAUUGGCCUGCUUUCUUGAUGGCUGCCAACUUGCCUCUUCCCAAGCAAAUCCUUGCACAUGCACAUUGGACCAUGAACAAGCAAAAGAUGUCAAAGAGCAAAGGCAAUGUUGUGGACCCUUUUGAGUUGAUGAAUGUCUAUGGUGCGGAUGCUGUGCGUUACUUUUUGGUGCGUGAUGGUGGUUUGGCGGAUGAUGGAGACUUUUCAGAGAGCAACAUGAUCAAGCGAUACAAGGAUCUUGCUGGACAGCUUGGAAAUUUAUUGUCUCGAAGCACGGGCACCGCAUUGAAUCCAGAUGCUAUGGUACCUGCUGCACCCCAAGGACCGGUGGAUACGCGUGACCAAGCAUUGCAUAAAAAGUUGACACAAGUAGCAGGCGAAUAUGAACAAGCCUUUGAAGCACGUGAAUUUAAUAAGGCGUUGAGCACUGUAUUUGAUUUGCUGUCUGAGGCCAACAAGCAUUUUACAGACAAUGAACCAUGGGUCCUUGCCAAAGACCCUAGCCAGAAGGAGCGUCUUGAUCAAGUCAUUUACUAUGCAAUUGAAUCCUGUCGGGUUGCAGGUACACUGUUACAGCCCGUGAUGCCUGUCAAGAUGAAUGAAUUGCUCUCACGUAUUGGUGUGGAUGAUGACAAGCGCACGCUCAAGUAUGCAGCCACACAAUCAAUUGACGCACGACCCUUGGGCCCAGCAUCAUCCGUUUUGUUCCCUCGCUUGAAAAAGUGA